GGAGUGAGGCCUCGGUGCCAUGCCAGAGAAAUCCCAUAGCACGGCCCAUGACGUCCCAAUGGGUGACGAAUCACCUCGGUUGUCCACCGCCUCUGUUGGCAGUAAUGACCGGGCCUCUACUGCUACACUGUCUGAUUGUUCUGACUUCACAGAAGUCCAGAGGCCCGUAAGCGUGGUCUCCAGCAUCUCAUCCGGGUCUGGUUCCUCUCGGGAAGACGUUCUCCUGUCAGGUAUCCCAUCUGCUGGUGUGCCUAUUGAGGACAACGUGGAUCUGGAAUUAACGGCUGCUGAUCCGGAUGAGACUCAGGGCACUAGUCUUACCCAAGCAACCACCCUAUUCCUCCAACAAAAUAGUAGCAACACUGUUAACAACAGCAACAACAGCUCCUCCGUUUCCAACAGUUUCUCUCCAUUUGCUGCCAGCACCAUGGCACCCAACCCUGAACUCACCUACCUGGACCGUGUGGUCAUGGAGAUCAUUGAGACGGAGCGGAUGUAUGUGAGAGAUCUGCGGAGUAUCGUAGAGGAUUACCUUGCUCACAUUAUAGAUACAGGAGAUCUUCCCAUCAAGCCAGAACAGGUGUGUGCUCUGUUUGGAAACAUAGAGGACAUUUAUGAGUUUAACAGUGAGCUCCUUCAAUCACUGGACAUGUGUGACAAUGAUCCUGUGGCCAUUGCCAGAUGCUUUGUGAUCAAGCGUGAAUAUUUUGACAUCUACACACAAUAUUGCACCAACUACCCAAACUCUGUGGCUGCUCUAACAGACUGCAUGAGAAACAAAACUCUUGCCAAGUUCUUCAGGGAGAGGCAAGCUGCUUUAAAGCGAUCCCUGCCUCUGGGAUCUUACCUUCUCAAGCCUGUCCAGAGGAUCCUCAAAUAUCAUCUUUUACUACAGGAGAUUGCCAAGCACUUUGAUCCAGAGGAGGAGGGUUAUGAGGUGGUGGAGGAGGCCAUUUACACUAUGACUGGUGUUGCGUGGUAUAUAAACGACAUGAAGAGAAAACAUGAACAUGCAGUCCGUCUUCAGGAGGUCCAGUCUCUGCUCAUAAACUGGAAGGGACCUGAUCUGACUACAUAUGGAGAAUUGGUUCUAGAGGGCACCUUUCGUGCUAGGACGGUGGAGGAAAAAAAAUUAUGGGCUCAUCAUAUUAAACGGCUCAUUCUAGAGAACCAUCAGGCUGUGAUACCACAAAAGGCAAAGGAAGCAAUCUUGGAGAUGGAUUCUAUUUACAAAAAGUAUAGGUACAGUCCUGAGAAGCUCAAAAAGUCUGUGUCAUGCCAGUCAGAGGAGUUUUCUAACUCUAGACAAGGCCGGAGACAAUCAGAACCAUCUAAAGAGAUCCUAAAGAACACUGAAGUAAUACUAAAGCAUUCUGACAGUGAGGGGGCAUUGGCCGUUGACUUGAUAGCCGAUAGCACUCUUGGCUUAUGCGAGUCUUCAGCUGAGAAGCCUGUUGCACAAGACGAAUACUCUCCUGAAGCCCUGAUUCCCAGUGAUAAUGAGGAACCCAUCCGUGCCUCGCCGUCUCUAAAGGCCAGAUUGAUGCAAGAGAAUGGGGAUGAAGCAGAAGGGGAGGGAAGUGACUCUGACGAUAUUCUAAUGGAGGACAACCAGGUAGCUGACUUUGCCAGUUCAAUGUUGGCUGCCAUUUCCUGCUGGCACUAUAGAGCCAGAGCUUUGCUUUCCAUGGACUUCACAACGGAGGAAAGGGGGUGUGAGGACACUGGGAACAAUUUUAAAGGAGAAAAUGGCCCAUCAGUUGAACAGGUGGAGGCAUAUCUCAAGGAUGAAAAAUAUAUCUCAGAACAGGACAAAUCACAAAACCUGGAAACAACCUCUUGCUGGGGUUCCACUGAGAAAUUGAAGCCAGAUGUGUUUUGUGAUCCAGAGUCCAAAGAGAUGGAAAAACAGGUCCCAGAUAUCCAGGAUCUGGAGUCUGCAAGAGACAAAGAUGAUCAGAAAGGUUCUAAAGAAGAGGCCUCAUCUCAGUUACGGCAGGAAGACACACCUGGUGAUUCUUCAGAGGAAGAGGAGGAUGUAGAAGAGAAACCAGACUCCACUAGCAUCCUACCAUCAUCUGUGCUUGAUAAGGCCAGUGCCAUUGCUGAACACUUUGUGUGUAAUGCGCGGCGUAGUAGCGUCAGCACAGAGGAAAUGCGCUCCCUCGGUUGCGUAUCUCCACAUCUUCCCAGCAGGACCGGGAGCACUGUAAGUCUAGGAGAUGCCCAUGAGCGCCAACAUCGCCUUGCUAGCACCUGCUCUGAGUCACAUGGAGUUCCACUGACCCAGGAAGCCCUUGCAUCAGCAGACUUCAUGAUCGGGUCAUCAGGGGAGAACAGUCUUUUUGACUCGGAUCGAAGCAUCUACAGAAGAAGGGAUUCAGUGCUUUCCAGGCAAGCCCGACUACUCAUUGACAAGAUUAGGAGCUACUAUGAGAAUGCAGAACACCAGGAUGCUACAUUUAGCCUAAAGCGUAGAGAGAGCCUCACUUACAUUCCAAGUGGGCUUGUUAGAAAUUCAGUUAGUCGUUUUAACAGCAUUCCUAAAGAUAAAGACCUUGCCCUAGAGAAGACCACCAGUACAUCUGGACCUGUAACAGCUCAUAACUCACUCACAGAAUCUCUUUUGGUUACAUCGGUUCUGUCAGAGACCAAUGCAAAUCCAGCUACCCUGGAACAACCGGCUAUCGCCGCUUCCACAGAUUUCUCUAGGCAUGACAGAAACGGAGCCCUGUUUGACUCUGAUGUAGAUGGUUCCAUUAAACCUCAGUCGAUAGAUGGGAGUCAUGAGGAAGAGGUUUUCCGUCCCUCCUAUGAGAUGAUCAAAGUCUGGCAAGAUAUGGAAAAAGAGGUCACUAGAUGUCAAGGGGACCUCAAAGCACUGAGGCCCAGAGAAAUUCCUUAUUUUAAAGGGACCAGUCCCAGCCUCUCCAGGAAGGAUCCAAACCAGAGAAGAAAGCAAGAAUCCAAAGGCAGUGAUGGACUGAUUAUGUUUGAAGAUUCAGAUCUGAGCACUAUCAGAGAGGAGUCCUCUACACCAUUAGCUUUUAAGGAGAAGGAAAACCGUGCAGCCAGUGAGAAUGAUGCCAUCAGACCCAGACAAUGGGAGGUUGAAGGGAGACCCCUGAGAGCUCUAGCUCCCCGAGUUAUCCAGUUGAGAGCAGAAACUGAAGAUGAGAAAGACACAGUAGCUCAGUCAGCAGAAGACGCAGAUUCAUCCCAAAACAAAGUUUUCCAUCUUGCAAGGAAAUACAGUCAACGCAUCAAGUGCACACAACCAAUGUUGAGACAGAGGAGUCAGGAGUCAGGAGAUACAUGGUUGGCCAAGAGGAACCUGUUUUCGGUGGUAGAAGAAAAGCCAGAGAAAGAGGCCAAAGUUAAAGCAGACUUGAUGCUCUCCAUGGCUCCAUAUGAUCAGCCUGAUUAUGACGGAGACCAGAAGGCCCAGGUUAUGACUCCCAGCCCAGAGCACACUUCUAAUUCUGUCAGUAACCCAAAGGCUUUGUCCCCACACCUGUCCCAUUCCAGGAGUCCUCUUAGUCCAACACCUGAGAGCUUCAACUGGCCGGACGUCCGUGAACUUUGCUCAAAAUAUGCACACCUCGGUAGCUCGUCUGCUCCGCCACCAGUAGGCCAAAGUCGUUCUGUGGAAGAAAGGAUGUUUGACGGCAGCUCUAAAAGACGUUCUAGCUGCUCUUCUAGCCGCUUAGUCACCUCUAAUGGCUCCACAGACUCUUCAGUUUACAAGUUUUAUCCAGGAAGGGAUACAGGAGAAUUGCUGACUCGGACCCAGCGUGCAGGUUCUCUGGACCAAAAAUUGGGUAGUUUGUACUUGAGUGAUCUGCAGAGUCUUCAGAGUAAAAAUGCCAGCAGUGGCUUCUAUAUCUCCGCUCAAGCUACCCUUCCAAAUGAGAAGAAUAUAAUUGUGGUUGAGAAAGUACCUGAGGUUACACCACCAGUAGAGAUGGACCAGUCAACACAAGAGUGCAAGAAACAGGAAAUAACAACAGAUGUAACAGAUGACAGCUACGUCCUAAUUCGUUCGCCAACAUCUCAUGAGAAGAUCUCAAUCAUGGCUGUCAUUGACCGCUGUCGGGCAUAUCAGGAGUCAGAGGAAUACCGUUUGAGGGAAGAUGGAGGAUCUAAGCCAGAACAGUUACCUAAGAUUGACAGGUGCCAAAAAACUGAGAAAGCUUCAUCCUAUAGUGAACACUUAGACAAUGCUGUUAAAAAUGCACUGGAUUCUGGGAAAAAGGCUGAUUCUAGUCAACACAGUGUUGUCAAGAAUCUCAGAGAAAAAUUCCAAAACAUAAGAUAAAAAUCACUUGUUUUAUGGUACAUCUAUUGUACGUUUCAAAAGUUGUAGAAAAUUGUUGGCUGAAAUGAAAUACUUGCUUCUUUAAUUUCUCUCAUCUUUUAUGUCUUCACCACUGAAGACAAAUGUGUACAGUAUGGUCAGCAUAUAUCAUGCUGUAGCCAAAUAAGUCAUCUGGCAAAUUUAAACCUCAAAACUAAUAUUCUUUACAUUGUCUAUGCUAUUUUAUGGUAUUUUGGACACUGUAUGAUCAUGUGGCCUGCUGAUAUUGAGAAACCUGUGGAUUUUAAUGGUCUAAAUGUCAGGGAGAAAGUGUAAAUAUUGUUGUACAGUUUUUGUUGUACAUUCAUUCUUUCUGUUAUACCAUUUACAUAUUUGAUAUAGUAGAUAUGUAUUUGGUAGUCAUUUUACAUAAAUGACAUUCUUGUUUAUAAAUAUUUACAUUUUGGGUAAGGUAUUUCAAUUAAUGUCAUAUUUGAGCUAAGGAUUUCUUUAGCAAGAGAUAAAGUCUAGUCUAUACUACAAAACAAGCCCUAGCAGAGUAGCAUAAUUUGUCUAGACUCUAAAUGUAACAGACCAUUUGAAAACAUUUGUUUUAUUUUACUUUUAACGUUUAAAGACAUUUUAAAGUUUUUUAGUAAAUGUCACGCAUGGAACAAUUUUUUUUUCCCCUUUGUACUUAAACCUAGUCUUUGAUUAAUGGAUAUAGGCAUAGAUGCCUUUUGUCCGGAGACUAGAUCCAAAUGUUUAAAAAGAUGAAGAUUUUAAUGAUUUUUUUUUAAGCUUACACCAGUGAUGUUACUUAAGCUUAUUUUAAGAUUUGUUGUGAUCUUCACAACAAAUCAGAUUUAACAUCAGGUUUUGGGGAAUGUCACAGUUACAAGACAAAUAUUAACCCUACAUGUUUUAGCAUUUGAAACACUGUUGGUUUAGCAGCCCGUGAUAACAGAUCUCUCAUUGAUCACUGUGUGUGUCUGAUAUUUAUUAAGAUUCUAUAAAUUUCCAUAUCUAUCUGACUUAUUACAAAUGCAUCAAUAAAUACUUGUGAAAGUGAAAAUUCACUCCCUAAUAAAACCAAAGAAAAUUCAACUUGCA